CAGGUGUAUCCAGUGUCCAAGUAGGCUGUCGGUGGAGCGAGACGAAGGAUAUGACAUUCUGAUGGUGUUCCUGAGUAUGGUAUGAUCGCAUCCAAAUUCAUACUAAUGUUCCAGUGUCAUCGACAGACAACGGUGCCCGGACCAAAAUGUCAAAAAGGCUGCAUCCUGCUGGUGAUGAAGUCAUUUGUCCAGACAGACAAUGGUGCCAAGACCAAUGCAUAUGGACAUACCACUAGUGAAGACGGCGUGCGAAUGUCGGUAUUCUUUUCACAAAUCUAUAUUAAUGCAUACUAAAUCUCCAACCCUUCAAAAAUAGACUUAAAUGUUAGUACUGUGAUAUCGGUAAUACUUGUAAAACUGUCGAGAAAUGUCUUAGAUUAUGGAAUUUGUUUUUUAUUCACUGUUUAUAAUGAUCUUUAAUAUGUAGUUGUUUUAGGAUUACAUGGAAAGUGGUAAGUAUGAACGUUUUCAUUGUGUGAAAGGGCGUGUAUGUGACAUGGUACCCGGACUGGCCCCCGAUACCUUAGAACAGAAUGGAUCAAUAGAUUUUGUAGGUCCGAAAAAUGGAAGGAUUUGCCUUGUGAAAGUAUAUAGGUAGGCGAGCAUUAUUAUGAUUAUCAUUAUUGAGUAAUGCAGUAUAAUUACAAUGAGGCUUAUCCUUUCAUAUCCACGUCUGAUAUUGUAGUGAGAUAUUUAAAUUGAAGCGACAACCACUCCAACGCCUUCAACGUGCGGCCCGAUGACAGAUGCCGAUCUGGACGAGGACUGCUCCAACGCUAGAUGCGUGGCCGUCAACAGCACGUGUGUGACGACGUCAGCAGGAAGCCGUAGAUGUGCUUGUGUCAACAAGAACGUGCAGAUAUCUCCUAGAGAAUGCUCAAUGGGCCCACGUUUUCUCUCAUCUAAUAAAACCUACGUUUUCCAUACAAACAUGUUUGGAGCAUCGACAAUAGUGGGAUCAAUCCUUCUGGACGAGCUGAGUAAAUUUCCAACAGUUAGAUUCUCCACAGAAGCUAGUGUAUAUCCUGAUGAGGGGAUUCUGGACCUGAGGAGGAGCUCGGGGAAGAUUGAUGUUGCAUUGGUCAAGGAGAUACGCGAUGCUCAAACCUUUGUCGUGGUGUUACGUGCAACCGCUGGGGAUUUCACUGUGCAGCAGCUUGUGACUGUCAGGAUCACAUCCUCCUCCUUCACUCCAGAAGACGUCACAGUUAUGCUGGUGGAGGGAACCAGGAAAGGCACACUAAUAGCGGACGUGAGGACUAUUGGUAGUUUGGGGGGUUACAGCAACUACGAUAUUGAGACCACAGAUGAUACAGCUAGGGCCUUGCUCCUUGUGACAGCCUCGGGGCAAGUUCUCUGUGGACAGGACAUAUUUCUGAGUGACUUUGCCAAUGACGACACAGUGGCUAAAGAGUAUGUAGUCAGUGUCGCAGCAACGAAGGGAGGCCAAAGAGCAACAGUUGCAACGUAUUACAUCUUGUUCUUUAAGGGGAGCUUUAAAACAACAAUAGACGAGAACUGGAUAGGUGAUAUCUUGAGUUAUAGUUUAACCAGCACCAAGUUCCAGGUCGACAUAAAUGCCACGCUUCCAGACAGACUUCUACUAACAAAAGAUUUGACGACCAUAGGUCUUAGGAACGCCAUUGACUAUGAGGCUGGCAUCGGAAAUAUACAGUUUAAACUUGAUCUCGUCACUACGGACAGUGCAAUGUCAACCACAGUAGAUGUACGCAUAAACAUUGAAGAUCAAAAUGAUGAACCUCCGGAACUGGAAGAGAAGCAAUACGAAUUUACAGUAUUUGCUGGAUCUGAGACAAAUAGUGUAGUCGGCGUUGUUGAUGUCACAGACAGAGAUACAGUUGGACAGACAUCAUUUCAAUUGGAAGGCGCCUAUAAAGACGACUUCACCAUAAACGACGAUGGUAUUUUGACAUCAAAGGUGUACUUAACAAGAGGGCGGUUCCCCUCCACGAUCCCUUUUCGUGUCAAGGCUUAUGAUGGCGUUUCCUACUCUGAUGAAGCCAGCAUCACUGUGUAUCUCAUCUCCUACACCAGUAAUGCAAUCAACCUCAACAGAACCUUCCUUGGUAGCGUCAGCGAGAACAGCCCCCCUGGAACAAAUGUUGCUGAUGUUGCAGUGUCGAACUACACCGGUUACAAAUUUGCAAACCCUCGGGCUAACAGUCUCUUCACAGUAAACAGUACAUCUGGGACGGUCACAACCGCUGUUGGCUUGGACCGAGAGGACAACGAUCAUGCAUAUACUGACUUCACCAUUCUGGCCUACAUGGAUAGUAAUGACCAGUGCUCCCCUGUGACGAUUGGUCAACUCAUUACAAAUGUAACGGACGUUAACGACAACGCACCAACAUUUUCCAGACCUUUUUAUACAGGAAGUGUAAAAGAAGACUCGAAUCCAGGAACUCUGGUGGAUGGUUUGGUUGACGUAGUUGUUACUGACGACGACAUCGGAGAGAAUGGUGCCGUCAACUUCGCUUUGAAGGGAACAGGUAGUAACUAUUUUGCUGUUGAGAAAUCAAACCACAACCAGUUCACCAUCAAAACAAGCGGAACUCUGAUCGACAGGGAAGUAACUCCAUAUGUGGUCCUGACAUUAACUGGAACAGACAACCCAUCUAAUCCUCAGGAAGGCACCACUACUCUCAACAUCACAGUCAUGGACAUCAAUGACAAUAGACCUCAGUUCAACCCUGGGAAGACUGUAUUUUCGGUGGAAGAAAACGCUGGACGAACGAGUAUCACUACGUUAACAGCUACGGACAAAGAUGAAGGCCGGAAUGGACAGGUGUCAUACUCAUUGGUAGAAGGGGGUUUUGGACUAUUUGCAGUUGACGAAAGCACUGGCGCUGUAUCAACAAUCAAGGAAAUUGACAGAGAAAACAGGGAUGUCUUCAACCUGUCCAUUGAAGCCAGGGACCAAGGGUCGCCUUCCUUUGCAUCAGUAUUGACAAUUACCGUCAAUAUUAGUGAUGUUAACGACGAAAAGCCAACAUUUUCGCAGUCAUUCUACAAAGGUAAUUAUGUAGAAAAUGCUCCAUGUACCACGAGCAUCCUGACAGUGGCAGCAACAGAUCUGGAUGAAGGGAGCAAUGCCAACAUCAGAUUCUCAACAACAAAUUCCAACUUUACAGUCGAUCCAACCUCCGGCGCCAUCAGAUGUGCAAAUCCCCUUGACUAUGAAGCAAUGCAGCAACACCUCAUAGAGAUAAAAGCCGAGAACCCAGGGGCUCCCUCUAUGAACGAUACAGUUACAGUUGAGAUCAACGUUGAAGAUGUAAAUGACAACAGUCCACGUUUUGAUAAAACUUCCUAUCAGUCUGAGAUCACAACGUGGGAGUGGUCAACCAACAAUCCUGUCGAUGUUUUUGAAGUCACGGACGAUGAUUCUGGAACGAACGGCCAAUUUACAUUCUCUAUGAGUGGGGAGACGGACAAAUUCUUCAUAGAUGGAGAAACUGUAGGUGUGUUACGCAUCAAAGCGGGUGCAACUCAACCUGGCGCCUCGACAACAUACAAGUUUGACGUCACAGCCACAGACAAAGGUUCUCCACCACGAAGAGUCUCAGUCCCAGUGACAGUUCAGGUCAAGAAAAUAGAGGGCAACAGAAUGGUACACUUCAGGGAAAAUGACAUUUUCUUUUCGAUUCUGGAGAACCAAGAAUAUACCACUCCUUUCGGAACGGCGAAGGCUUUACAUGAUGUCACCGUGUCAGUGACAUAUUCCUUAAUCCAUGGUGGUGACUUCCGUAUUGAUCAAACCAGUGGAGAGUUGACAUGCAGCACACCACAGGAUCGUGAGACAGCACCCAGCCAUACCAUGAUUGUCCGCGCGAUAGAUCUCGCCACUAAUGCCUCGGACCUGGCUGUUAUAAAGGUAACGGUUGAAGACGAAAAUGACAACAGCCCCAGAUUUCUGACAAUACCUGCACAACAUGUCUUCAGUGUUCAGGAAAACUCUGUAAACAUGUUCGUGGCACGCAUCAUGGCUGAAGACAAUGAUGCUGGUGAAAAUGGAACUAUAACCUACAGCAUGGAGUCGCAGACACCUCGUACGCAUUUCUCAAUAAAUCCAGAAACGGGGCGUAUUACCGUUUCGGGAGAUGUUGACAGAGAAGCGUUUGAUGAAUACAACUUAAUCAUCAAGGCCGCUGACAAUGCAGAUGUUCCGAGAACUGCAAUAACACAGGCUAUAAUCCUUAUCCUUGAUAUCAACGACAACCCCCCUACUUUCCAAACACUGUAUGAGGUGUCUGUAAAGGAGAACAGCGCCUUGUCAACAUCAGUGGGGACCGUCAGUGCGACUGACAGGGACACGCCACAUUAUGGUGCAGUUACCUAUGUUGGUAACACUGCCAUGGAGAACGGAAAUGUCUGUCCAUUCAGCGUGUCAGUUGAGACCGGAGUCGUGAAAGUGAGCGGCGACCUCGACUACGAGACGACUUCAACAUAUGAAUGCAUCGUCACUGCUGUUGACACGUGGAGGUGCAACGAUUGCACAGGACGACUCACUGGAUCGACAACCUUAUCCGUCACCAUCCUUGAUUUCAACGACAACCCGCCGGUGUUUCAAGGGGCUCCGUACAGAGCCAACAUAUCAAGAGCCGCUGGCAUCGACAGUCUCGUCACUGACACUAUCACUGCAACUGACAGGGACGGCGUCAAGCACGGCAACGGAGUCGUCAAAUACCAUAUUUUCUCAAGCACAGACUACUUCAAGAUUGACCGCGACACAGGGAAUAUAUCUGUAGCUACAGCCCUAGAUGCAGUGGAUGAGGAUGAGGUCACUUUGAGGAUCAAGGCGACAGAUCUACCCCAAACAGACCCUGCUCUGGAAGCAAUCACAGAGGUCACCAUCUCUAUCAUCACUGACAAGCCACGGCCAUUCUUCAAAAAGGAGUACACCUUUAAUCUGAAGGAGAACGAGCGGCCUGAUGAUGACAAACGUGUUGCCAUUACAGCUUAUGUGCGAACCGAGAGCGGCGAAUUUGCGUGUAACUGCACCUAUGAAAUACUAGUUUCAGAUUAUUCGGGGAAGUUCUAUGUAGACAGUAUGACUGGAGAGUUAAGACAAAGGGACGAAAUAGACCGCGAGGAGACAGGCAGCCGGUUUUAUGUGACAGUGAAGGCAACUGAUGGUGUCACUGGUCUUUAUAGGACAAAACAAGUUGAAAUAAUUGUGGCGGAUGUUAACGAUAACUUCCCGUAUUUCAAACAUGCACAGCAGAACUUCACAGUACGCCAGAGUGCUCCGGUCGGUUAUGUGAUUGGGAGAGUGACAUCGUUAGAUGCUGAUGAACUCAGUCGUCCCAUAUACACAGCUUUCACUGCUGAUGAGGCAAUAGAGGUGCUGGGUGAUGGGAAGCUGGUAGUGAGGGCUUCCUUGCUGAACUACACUGACGUUCAUAUGGUUGUUAAUGUGAAAGAGGAUCGCUUUGAAGGAACAAUUGACGUGUCAGCCAGUACCAAUACAAAUGUCUAUAUAAACAUCCGACCUGACUACAACCAGCAUGCUCCAACGUUUGGAAAAGAUACUUAUGAAGCCUCACUGAUGUUUUUAUCUCGAAAAGGCACUGAGGUUCAAAUUGACGACUUCAGUGCCACGGAUGCUGAUGGGGACAGUGUUACAUACGCAAUACAACGAGGAAAUUUUAGGGAUACGUUCACGAUCGACAGCGAGACCGGGAAGAUAUCUCUACAGUAUACACUAGACGACACUGUGCCCCUGGUCGUAGAACUAGUUGUAACAGCCACCGAUUCCAGCAGUUAUCCGAUGACCGGAUCCUGUACAGUUACAAUAUCUCUGAGGGACUUCACAGCCACAGCAUGUAUAGCGGAAAACGCAUAUUCAGAGCUACAACUUCGCGCACAGCAGAGACUGAUAUUCCUGGGCUUAUUCAUAGCUAUGGCAGUCCUACUUGCGGUGAUCAGCCUUAUUGCCAUAUUUGCUAUAUACAAAUGGAGGACGACAUCACACACAACACCGGGAAAGGAUAAGGUUGAAACAGCUCAGGAAAUGGACCCAAUACCAAUGGAAUAUGACCUGCUGGCUGCUAACCGCCCAGAACUAAGAAGAUCUUACUACAGACGGCUGGGCAGAAAUAGCUCACCUGGUGUUCCAGAUCAAGGAUAUUUAACUCCAGUUUCAAGGCCAACACCACCCACGCAUCCAGACGAGCUCAGCCUUCCUUAUGAUGAUGCGGAUGCUUAUAUUGAGGUGCAGGCGUGAAGAUUUCCUCACCCACCCCGGUUAUGUGGAUAUAAUUUUGUUAUUUCGGAAAAAGCUCGGCUUCACUGACAUUAUGCUUGAAAACGUAAAACAUAUAUGAAUCCCAAUCCCCCAAACAGUGUUACACCCGAAUUAUGUAUUCAUGAACCUUUAGGUUUUCAGACAUCUUGGAUGUUGCAUUAUGGAUGCACUGGUGUACUUAUAUACGUAUGUCAAUGGGUGAAUGACGUAGUGUAUACGAGAGUGAGACCAAUAGUACAUUGACAUUGUAUGGGGAACUUGUUAUACCGCGUCAUAUGGACAAACUGUACAGGCUUUAGUCCUGUUAAAAGGUUAUUAUUUGUUCGGCAUUAAUUGCUUGUAUUAUGAACAGAAUACAAUCCUUUGAAUCUGUCAUCUUGAUACUCUUUACAGUAUUAUACGUAGUUGAUAUUAAGAGGUUAUUACGUGACAGUUUUCCUUUUUGCCAGUUAUAUCCGCCCGAGACUGUCAUAUCAUAACCUUUCUAUCAUUCCACAUCAAGGGACGUAACUCUAAAAUAUACUAGGCUCUGUCUAUUAAAGUUUUAAGCGUUUGCGUCUAUUCAUGCCGUACCAGUUUAGUAGCCAGGCAAUACGGCUGGUAUGGAUUUUCGUCGCGAGGGCUGAUAUGGCUGAUAUGCAUGUUCAGCCCGGGUGGUCAAUAUGGACAGUAUUCUAUGUGCAAAAUAUCCAUAUUAUUGAUAGUUAUAAAUAUCAUUCAGGUCAAUGUGUCUUCAUUGAUGCAGAUAUAAUUACAUGUAUGUCACACAUAUGGACCUUGUCGGGAUCAACAUAAAUACAGCGAUGUCCCAUUUACCUUUGGAAGAAAGUCUCUUGUAUUUCUUCAAGGAUUUUGAACAUUUUACAUCAUUGACAAGUGGUAUAAUACGUAUCUUUACAUAAGUGUUUAAACCUAUGACAUGCAUUAUUGUUGCCUAGUUCCCCAUGCUAUAAAGGCAGAUGUAGAUAUAUCUACGGUAAGUGCUGUUCUCUUACAGCAGAGAUCUAGUUUACUUCGAAUUCAUUGGUAUAUUAACAGGGCGGUAUCACGCUUAUAUCAUUGUCAAUUGUGACCGAGUAUACACUAUUUUGAUUGCUAGUAUUAGCAUAAGCCGUUCUUGUAGCACAAUAUUAUCUAGAAUAUGUGUAAUGUCUGAAAAUUCAUGACACUGUCUGCAAAUUAUGUAACAUUUUCGAUAAAUACUACCAUCUAUCAUGUCGUUUGAACAUCAUGAAAUAUAAGAUCAUAACCUCACAGUAUUGUACAUGUAUCUACAUCCACACUAUUGAACGGUCUUAAAUCAAGGUAUAUAGUCUAAUAUGUAUUUUUAAUAAGCAGCCCAUCAACUGAGUGGUUAGUACAGUUGUUAUUGUAUGCUCGUGGAUUAUCUAUCCAUUGUUUGUACAUAUUGACUCCUUUUCAGAAUUAUUAACAUUUGGAUAUCAUAUAGUUGAAAUAAUGUCAACCCUUAAACAUACCACUGUAUAUCACUACCAGUUUGUAAUGAGAAAAUGCAAAGAAUAGGAGUAUGUUUGGUGGUAAAUAAACAUAUAUUUUUACA